CUAUCAUGCGCUCUUCUUGCUGAUUGAUUGUGGCAUAUGCUCGGCCCUGGGACAGAACAAGGGACCCAUCGUCUUUAUCGUUUUGUCUUUAUCUUUUUCUAUUUCUACCCUUUCUCUUUCUCUUUCUCUUUUCUCUUUUCUCUUUUCUCUUUCUUCUCUUUCAAUCUCUCUUCAUUCAUUCUUUCUCUCUUUCUUUCUCUCUUCCCUUUUUCCUUAUUCUCUGCAACCACAUCAAGUUUUAUUACAUACUCUCCUGUCUUUUACUUCUCCACAUUGUCUUCCACAUCCGUACCCUCCUCCUUUCUCUAUUACUUUUUAUUUUUUCUUUUCUUUUCUUUCCCUCCUUACUCUCUUCCUCGCUCAUUCAUUCUAAACACCCCAUUCCCAUUCAUUCGUCCAUUCAUUGACAAACCUACAAAGUCGUGUGUCUGUGUGUGCUCAUACAUUUUGUUCUUUAUCCGGGCAGACAGAUUUUAAUUUUCUUUUUUAGUCCGAUUUACUUUAUUUUGCUUAUCUUUAUCUGGCUCCUGACCCGACUCCGCCCCCGCUAUUAACCGCGACUAAAAAACUAAAAAAAAUCUUCGCUUCCGUCACGCUAAACUAUAUAUUCUUAAGGUCAUACAUAAUCAUAAAAAAAGACCUCUUUACUUCCUAUCCC